UCGAGAGGUGGCCCUGAGGCACAUGGUCAGUGGGCAUGGUGGGGGUGGGCUGGGGGAUCCUAGAGGUCUUUUCCAACCUGAAUGCUUCUGUGAUUCUAUGAUUUUGGGAGGACUGGGGGGGGAACUCCAGAACACCAGCCCCCAGAAUCCCCCUCCCACCUCACAAACACUGUGGGGCAGCACCAGGCUCCACGUUCCCAUCCCCACAACGGCAGGAUGUUCAUCUACAUCACUCACGGUGACAACGAGAGCUUCCUGGCCAACACCAAUUGCCCCGUGCUGCUGCUGCUGUCUCACCUGCGCAGCAAGGUGGGGGUCCCCCCCAACGAGGUCAUCGACCUGUGUGACAAGGUGGGCAGCCCCAAGAUGCUCUUCCAGGUGAAGACCAUGCAGGACAGGGCCAGCGACUUCCUCCUGGCACGUGGCACCUACUACGUCUGUAGGGUUGAGUUUGGUGCCCCCGGCACUGCGCAGGAGCAGACAGCACAGUCCUUCGUGCCCCUCCUGAAGAACCCCAGCAUGGCGCUGACCGAGGCAUUGCGGCUGCAUGGGCAGCACCCACAUCGGAAGCUGCUCCGCACCCCAAAGACGCCGGAGGGCAAGAAGGGACCGGCUGCCGAGACACUGCCCACUGCUGCCCGCACCCAGGGAGUGGGCAAGGCAGCAGGGAGAGGCGCAUCCCGAUCCCGGGAGGAGCAGCAGGGUCCCCCCCGCAAGACCACGAUGGCCCCGGGGGGCCGGCAGCAUCAGGCGCGGCAGCGCUGAGCCCCAAUAAAGCCGCGCUCCGCACUCAAGCCGCGGCCGUGCCACGUGG